AUGGUGGUCGAGCUCCGUUGGGAUCAGCGUUUUCGUGGAUCGCAGGCUUCUCAGCUCCCGUCUCGGCUGGAUAAGUGGUCCUCCACUUUGGACGCGUUGGAGUUGCAGAAACAGCUGAAGCUUUGGAAACUUGAGCUGAGCGGAGAAGAAAUCGCAUGUCACACGCAAGUCUUGCAAGACUUGGAAAAGAAGAAUCAGACUCAGACUUUGAUCCUGUCCUGGGCUGCAAGAGCGACCCUAUGGGGAGAUGGUUCGAUCCUAUUGGCAGCAGCCUACAGGUCCUACUUCGGCAGUGACCUUGAACAUCUUUUGCUGAUAUAG